UAGCAACACUAAGGGUUGCAAUCUAACACCAACUCUCAACUCUCAACUCCCAACACUGAGACACACUAUUCAUGUUCCCUCCUAGUCUAUUAAAUCAAGAUACCCACACCAUGGAUUUGCUUCUGCAAGCGAAAACGGCAAUGGAACCAUUCCAUACGACACUCUUGUUCAUCAUCCCACUUAUGUUGUUUCUGUGUUUAGCGUCACGAAGCAUUCGCAAAACGGCGCCGUAUCCGCCAGGACCAAAAGGGUUACCCAUCAUAGGCAACAUGAACAUGAUGGACCAGCUCACGCACCGUGGUCUUGCCAACCUAGCAAAGCAAUACGGCGGCGUUUUUCACCUCCGAAUGGGGUUCCUCCACAUGGUUGCAAUUUCAAACGCGGAAGCGGCGCGUCAAGUUCUCCAAAUCCAAGACAACAUCUUCUCUAACCGUCCUGCCACUAUAGCCAUAAGCUACCUCACUUACGACCGUGCUGACAUGGCAUUCGCUCACUACGGUCCAUUUUGGCGCCAGAUGCGUAAGAUCUGCGUCAUGAAACUCUUCAGUCGCAAACGCGCUGAGUCGUGGCAAUCCGUUAGAGACGAAAUUGACACCAUAAUCCGUUCCGUUACGGCGAACGUUGGGAACGCCGUUAACAUUGGUGAACUCGUUUUUAAUCUUACAAAGAACAUUACUUACCGUGCGGCGUUUGGGUCAAAUUCAACGGAAGGGCAAGAAGAGUUCAUUUCGAUACUUCAAGAGUUUUCGAAGCUGUUUGGGGCUUUUAAUAUUGCGGAUUUCAUUCCAUAUCUUGGGUGGGUUGAUCCUCAGGGUCUUAAAAAUAGACUCGUAAAGGCUCGUGGAGCGUUGGAUAGUUUCAUUGAUAAGAUUAUUGAUGAACAUGUGGAGAAAAAGAGGAGUGGCAAUAAGAACCAUGCCUGUGAUGAAGAGAGUGACAUGGUUGAUGAGUUGUUGAAUUUUUACAGCGAAGAGGCUAAGCUGAAUAAUGAAUCUGAUGACCUGCAGAACUCAAUUAAACUCACCAAGGAUAACAUCAAAGCCAUCAUCAUGGACGUCAUGUUCGGAGGUACCGAAACGGUGGCAUCGGGAAUCGAGUGGGCAAUGGCAGAGCUAAUGAGAAGCCCAGAAGACCUAAAGCGCGUGCAGCAAGAACUCGCUGACGUGGUAGGCUUGGAAAGGCGCGUGGAGGAAUCGGACUUCGAGAAGCUCACCUUUCUAAAAUGCGCCGUGAAGGAGACACUCCGCCUCCACCCACCGAUUCCCCUUCUCCUACACGAGACGGCGGAGGACGCGGCGGUUUGCGGGUACUUUGUGCCGAAGGGGUCGCGCGUGAUGAUAAACACGUGGGCCAUUGGGAGGGACAAGGAGUCGUGGGAGGAGCCUGAAGCGUUCAAGCCAUCGCGGUUUCUAAAACCGGGUGUACCCGAUUUCAAAGGGAACAACUUUGAGUUCAUUCCAUUCGGGUCGGGUCGAAGAUCCUGCCCCGGAAUGCAACUGGGUUUGUACACGCUGGAACUGGCGGUGGCUCUCUUGCUUCAUUGCUUCACGUGGGAGUUACCCGAUGGGAUGAAACCCAGUGAGUUAGACACGAAUGACGUGUUUGGACUCACCGCCCCGAGGGCGAGUCGACUCGUUGCCAUUCCAUCUAAGCGCGUUCUGUGUCCUCUCUAAUAUUGUGGCACUCAAAUCUCAAUAAUCACAAGUUUAUUACAAUAAUGCCCCAACGAGCUUCACCAAAGUAUAACAAAAUAUGGCGGUGAAGUGCUUUGGACUUUCAUUUUAUGUUUUUGUUUCUUUGUUAUACGUGAAUGAAUGUUGGAGAAGAACAGAAUAAUUGUAAAGAUAGAAAAGGAGGAGCAAAAAAGAAUGUCAUGUAAUCAAUAUUAGGUUGGUUACCUUUCUCUAUUGAUACCCUCUCUUGUCAAAUUGAUUUUUGAUUUAUGUGAGAAACCAUUUUACGU